CUGGAUUGAGUGUGCGAUGACUAAUGUGUGUGCAUACUGGUAGAGUCAUACGUAGAGAUGAGAGGGGGGACUUGCAAUCAUACAUCACUAUCUUAUUAGAGGAGAGCAGGACAAUAUUGACGCUCAUGAAUAGCUUGUAGGAAAUCACUGAAUCUUCUUCAGUUCUUUCUUUUGCACCAGAUUUUUCUUUCAACAAUUUCUGAUGGAGAGUCAUAUAGUACUCUGUUGAGCUUUUUUUUUCUGGGAGCAGCAGCAAAUAGCUCCAGCAAGGCGCUAACAACAAGAAAUCUGGACCAACCAAAUGUCAUCAGUGAGGUUCUACAGGACAAAGUGAUAAGAAGACACGCCUGUUUCUAAGGAACAAUUACUUAAAUGGAAAUAUAACAGCAUAGAUCGAGAAGACAUUGCAAGGCAUCAAUCAGUGUGAUCUGGAUACAUGCACUAUCAUUUACAAGCAAUGCAGUAGGAAAGGAAAGGAAAGAGUUUGAGGAAUAACAACAAUAACAUGAGAGAAGUGGAUUUGUGGUGAGGAGUGGACUUACAAAUGAUGUCUUCCCACAUUAAUGUAUGCUCUUUAAUAGCACACCAAUAAACAAGAGAACAGCUAGAAUGGCAUCUACAGACGAUUGGUAUUAUGAAUCUAUAUCAUCUGAUAUUAGCUGGACUCAGAACAACAGUAUAUUGAUUGCAUCAGAAGACCCACCAUAUAGCUUCCCUCAACCAAGUGCAAUACAUUCAGUAGUAGACCUUGUCCUCAUGUCGCUCUUCCUUGUAUUUGGAACAGUGGGAAACAUGCUGGUUAUUCUAGUGUAUCUGAGGAACUCUAAGAGGAAGCAAUCAACAGCUAAUCACUUUCUUUGUAGCCUGGCAGUCACUGACUUUACUGUAUGCAUCAUCGUUGUACCAAUGCAUAUUUACUUUGAGAUCAUGGCUAUGUAUCGUAGAAUCACUGCCUCUGAGUGCAAGGCCAUCAUGGUCAUCUGGCACCAGACUCUCAUCUGUUCCUCAUGGAUACUUGUUGGAAUCUCUAUCGACCGGUUCUACUCCCUCUGCCGACCCUUUGAUAUGCGUAUGCACUCUCGGAUGGUGCGUAAGAUCAUCAUCUGUAUCUGGGUCAUGUCAGUCCUGGUUGCGUUUCCAUCGGUAUUCUAUUACGGCAUACCUGGUUGUCGGUUAACCGUGCCUGUUGGUUCUGUGUGGAGAAUCUUCCUUGCUCUAGGACAAGCCUCCAUCACCCUCAUCCUUCCUUUGACUGUCAUAGGAAUGAAUUACCUCCGUAUCUUCUCUGUCCUAUCAAAACGAAAUCGCCAUGCACAGCACCAACUAGGACGGGGUAGGGUCAUGAACCAGACGCGCUACAUCGUUGCUAAGCGACUCCUUCUAGUUAUUGCUGUUUUUAUUAUAUGUUGGCUGCCCAGGACCAUCCUUGAAAUCUAUCACAGUUUUGUGCCCGAGGACCCACAAGUCAUGAAGAUGCUAAUAGUGUAUAUAUGUAGAAAUAUUCUACCAUAUCUCAACUCUGUUCUAAAUCCACUUCUUUACUCCAUGAUAAAUCCUACAUUUCGUCAUGAAUGUUGGGAUAUUCUCUGCUGUCGGUAUAACAGGAGAAGACUGCUGAGAGCAAACAGCAUAAAGAAUGGGAGUGCUUCAAGGAGAACAUGUAACAGACAAUCAAGUUUUAAUGAUGUGUGGUUAUAGCCCUAGCAACAAAGAUGUGACUUACAAACAUUUGAUGAAAUCCUGCAUAAGCAGGCUAUUAUCAACUAAUUACAGUGUGGGAUACUUCUGUACAAGUGAAAAAAUAAUUUUAGAAUGUAAAUGACUUGAAAUUAUCAGUAUUACAGGAUUUAUAUUCAAUUCUGUUUUAUCCAGACCCAUAACAUUUAUAAUAAAUGCUCAAGUGUACUAUUCUUUCUGGUCUUGAAUAUGUGUUGCCCUUCUAGUAUUAAACCUCAGUAUAUUAUCCAACUGAACAUAUAAUAUUACAAAAUUCUUUUCAUGACUAUAUGACUUAUUAUUAGUAAUGAAGAUGUAAUUAAAAAAGAAAUGCACAUACUGCAUAACAUAAACUAA